UAAUGUUGGAACAAAUAUCCGGAAACCAAUGGUAGAGUUCACAGCAGAGGAAUUUUCCACUCUCAUGGCCACAAAUUUUGAAUCUGUUUUUAACUUAUCACAACUAGCUGAUCCCCUGCUGAAAGCAUCUGGAGCAGCAAGCAUUGUAUUUACAUCUUCUGUGUCUGGUUUUGUCUCACUCAAAAACAUGUCUGUUCAGGGAUCAACUGAAGGAGCUAUCAAUCAGCUUACACGAAAUUUGGCUUGUGAGUGGGCAAAAGACAACAUAAGAUGUAAUGCUGUGGCACCUUGGUACAUCAAAACCUUUGAUGAUUGUGAAAUCUUUGCUUGA